UUCCUCCCUGUGUCUCUCUCUCCCCUCGCCGCCCACCCCCGAAGUCAGCGCAGAGCGGAGCGGAGCAGGGUGGCAGGUGCUCAGUUGUGGGAGACACAUUGCUUCAGACGGUCUCCUCGAAGCUCAAACAGGGCGCCGACUUCCACCGAGACGGAGGAAAAACCGCCUGAAGCUUGCUUCAAUUAGGAAGAGAAUUCCAGUGAGUACAAACUGAAUAAUUAAGAUAUAUUUGAAGUGGCGUAUUUUUGUCGGAAGCCGCUGGGACUGGAAAAAGCGAAGAAGGCUGAACCGGCGUCGCAGCAGCAGCUUUUACGUUUAGACCUACUAGUUGUAUUUUUAUGUAUUUACAUCUAUUUUGUUUUCAAUUCAGUGUAUACAGACCCCUUUACCACACUGAAACAAGUUGCAGUGUGUUGUUUUUAUUUUUUUAAACCUGUGUGUCGUAAAUUUCUCCCGUUCAAUGCGAGCUGCUGGCGCAUCACGGCGCGACAAGUGAAAUAUGAGAGAAGGAGUCCCUCCUCUGGAAGAGCGGAUAUAAUUUACUACUCGUGUUAAAGUUGAGAGGGAAACAUAGCAAAGUGGUACCUGAGAUUAAAAGGAGGCACAGGAUCUAAUUUUUUUCAACCCAAAUCCAGAGUUAUUCACAGACUCAAUUAGUAGAUUGUUUUUUUUUAUGAGGAGAUCACAGAUGGGUAGUUUUCGUGUUUGAUCGCAUCGCUGUCAGUUAAUGAUCCUCAGGACAAUAAAUCCCCAGCGAAAGGCAUCAAAACAAGCGCGGAUUUGAGGUCUGUUGCAGAGAAUAAGCCGAUAAACACACUCGAAUGUAUUAAUUUUUCUGCUCAUCAAUCCAAAUAAAAAAGAGGCAUCGUGGGUCUCACAAGCUCUCUAGAUCGCAGUGAGAGAUUACGGUUUUGUAAAACCUGCCUUUUUUGAGCGCUUGGAUCGGGAAGCUCGCUGACAGUGUGGGGAAACUCCUGGAUCUUCUCCCCUGAUCUGCGCUGCCAGCUUGUGGAGCACCGAAACACCGAGACUCUUCUACCGCAGCACACCGCGCAGGGCAGGAAGAGCUGCUGGAGCAAACCGGACUUUCUCCACUGCUUUUACGUGUGAGGAUGAACCCGGGACGUAUCCGUGAGAGAUCCCGGAAUGGGAAUCUGCCUCUUUUCCUGAUGAUCCUUCUCGCCUGCAGCUGCCACAUGUUGCACGGCCAAGAAGUUGCUCCCUACUUGCAAGGAGGAGAACGGGGGCAGCAGGUGGUGCUGGAGGGAAACAGGCUGGUGCUGACCUGCCCAGCUGGAGGCAGCUGGCCUUUGCAGUACCGCUGGACUCUGAACAACACUAACAUCACAGACUGGACACCACAAUACAGGUUGUCUGUGCCAUCUCUGCAGAGGGCUGAUGCUGGCUUGUAUCAGUGCAUGGUGAGGAACAGGAUGGGGGCUGUAAUACACAGGAGAACAGAGGUACACGUUGCUUUUCUGGGAAAUUUCACUUCUGGGGAGCAGAGGAAGACAGCGACUCAGGGCCGAGCCGUCAUCAUCAGCCCACCUCCGCUGGCUUCGUUUCCCCAACCCCUGGUCACAUGGUACAAAGACGGACAUAAGAUCAUCCCCAACAACCGAUUAGCCAUCACUUUGGAUAAUCAGCUAGUUGUCCUGGUAACCACUGCGGCGGAUGCAGGACGUUACCAUGUAGAGGCGGUGAACGAGAUGACAGGAGAGAUUGUGAUAAGCCCUGCUGUCUACCUCAGCAUCUCAGUUGGCAAGAAAAACCGUUGGUCAACAGAUCCUGGGUCAGAGCUUGUAGUUCCAGAUAUUGUGAUUGGACCUAAAAACACAACAGUUGUUUUGGGGAAGGAGGCUACGCUGGAGUGCAUUGCCAAUGCCAGACCAGUUGAUGGCCUUGCGGUGUUAUGGAAACGUGAUGGACAUCGACUGGCCAGUGGGCGUCGGCUUAUUGUUCCUACUGCUACCUCCUCUGAUGCAGGGUUGUAUGUUUGUGAAGUGUUGGUUAGCAACAGCACUAUCAAACCCAUGGAGGCAAGGGCAUACCUGACUGUAAUGGAGCCACCUUCGCUGACUGUUCAACCCAAAAGGAAAAUCUUUGCCGAUCUCGACAGAAAUAUAGAAAUCCCCUGCAAGGCUUCAGGCAUGCCGCAGCCAAGGAUCGAGUGGUAUAAGGACACAGUGCCUCUUUCCAAACUGGCGAACGCUCGCUACAAGGUCAGCUCGGCCGCUGGGCUGAUGGUACGCAAGGUACAGCCAGUAGACGGAGGAAUAUUCCAGUGCUUCGCUCGCAGCCCAGCAGGAGAGAUUCAAGCUCACACUGAGCUCCUUGUUUCAAGUGUGGCUCCCACACUUCUGUCCCCUCCUUUUGACCAGACAGUAACUGAUGGUGACAUGGCUUUGUUUACCUGUCAGAACAGUGGAGCUCCAAAACCUGCCGUCACCUGGAGAAAAGGAUCACAGAUCAUAGCCAGCGGCUCGGUUCAGGUUCCCAGGUUCACGCUGCUGCAGUCAGGCAGUUUGCAGAUUCAGCCGGUCAGCAUCCAGGAUUCAGGAGAAUUCACCUGCAUCGUGUCCAACUCUGAGGGAACCAUCAACACCACGGCUGCACUCACUGUGUGGAGUCGUACAGUUAUUUCUGUGCCUCCAGAGGACCAGCGUGUAAUCAAAGGAACCACAGCUAUUCUGGCCUGUAAUGCGACACAUGACCCCAGAGUCAAUAUCAGCUUUAAGUGGUACCGCGGCGGCGUGGCCGUGCUGCCGAGCAGCGGUGGCCGUGUUUCUGUGCAGCCAGGUUCUUUGACUAUUAGCCAGACGUGGUCAGGUGACAUUGGGGACUAUAUUUGCAACGUGAUGUCACAAGCAGGCAACGACACCCAGUCUGCACGCCUCGAAGUCAUUGAGCUACCACACUCGCCCCGCUCCCUAACGGCUCGUCUCAAUGACUCAGACUCCCGCUCUGUCCGCCUGUCCUGGCUGCGGCCCUUUGAUGGAAACUCCCCUCUUCUCUACUACGUCUUGGAGCUCUCAGAGAACAAUUCUCCAUGGAAGGUCUACCUAUCUGAGGUGGAUCCUGCAGUGAGCGAGGUAUCAGUGGGCGGACUCACACCUGCAAGAACCUACCAGUUCAGACUCUGUGCUGUCAAUCAAGUGGGAAGGGGUCAAUACAGUGCUGAAACACAGAGAAUGAUGCUUCGAGAAGAGGCGCCGAGUGCUCCCCCUAAUAACAUUGUGGCCAGCGGUCGCACAAACCAGUCUAUUAUGGUCCAGUGGCAGCCUCCUCCAGAAUCCGAGCUUAACGGUAUCCUCCGAGGAUAUGUCCUAAGGUACCGUCUGGCUGGGUUGCCGGGAGACUACCAAGAGAAGAACAUUAGCAGCCCAGAGGCUAACUACUGUCUGCUGAAGGACCUCAUCAUCUGGACUCAGUACCAGAUCCAGGUGGCUGCCUACACAGGAGCCGGCCUGGGCGUCUACAGUCGGCCUGUCACAGAGUACACGCUGCAGGGAGUUCCCACAGCACCUCCACAGGAAGUGGAAGUUGUAGCUGUUAAUUCAACCACCAUCCGUUUCACCUGGAACCCUCCACCUCAGCAAUUCAUUAAUGGUAUCAACCAGGGUUACAAGCUCCUGGUCUGGCCGGAACAAUCUCCUGAGGAGCUGAGAGUGGUAACCAUCACUCCUGACUACCCUAGCUCCCGGCACACAGGAUUAGUCAGCGGUCUCAGGAAGUUCACCUGGUACUACGGUUCCACUCUCUGCUUCACCACACCUGGAGACGGCCCCUGCAGCGCACCCACCCUUCUGCAGACACACGAGGACACACCUGGAUGUGUUCGCUACCUGAGCUUCACUGAGAUCCUCGACACAUCCCUUAGAGUCAGCUGGGCUGAGCCACAGGACAAGAAUGGCAUCAUCACUGGUUACAUGCUAUGGUGGGAGGUGCCUAGUGUGAGGUCAAGCCGAUUGGAGCGCUCCUUGUCCAACUCCACCCUGGAGUACCAGCUGACAGACCUCACCUCCACCACUGCCUACACCAUUCAAGUAGCAGCACUGACGGGUGCAGGACAGGGCGUGGUCACGUCUUCCACCGUGUCCACCGGCGUCCCACCAGAGCUUCCUGGGGCUCCCUCCAACCUUGUCAUCUCUAACAUCAGUCCUCGAACAGUGACGCUCAGGUUCUGCCCUGGUUCUGAUGGCAAAACCGUCAUAUCCAGAUGGAUCGUUGAAGGACAGGUGGUGAAGGAGGAUGGGAGGGAGGAGGCAUGGAGAGUCAUUUACCAGAAAGACAACAAGCCGAAUGCAGACAUCCUGGAGAUCCCCAGCCUCACUCCCUUCACUCAGUACAGGUUUAGGAUGCAGCAGGUGAACAUCGUUGGUUCCAGUCCAAUGAGCGCCCCCUCUAGGCUGAUUCAAACACUACAGGCUGCCCCUGACACCUACCCCUCCAACCUCAGCCUCGUGUCUGUGACACAGACCAGUCUACAUUUUAAGUGGAAGCCUCUUCCACAAUCAGAGUACAACAGCAGCCCAGAGACUGUGGGCUACCGGAUCCGUGUUUGGAGGACAGAUGGAGAUGGGGAGGACAGAAUUGAGGACAUAAAGGGUGGAGUUGGAACCACUGAAGACACAAUAGAGGGGCUAAGUCCCUGGACCCACUACCAGGUUCAGAUCCAGGCCUCGAACUCCAUAGGACCAGGACCAUGGAGCCAAACAGUCGCAGCACGCACCACCGAGGCUGCUCCGUCUAAAUCUCCAGAAAAUGUAACUGCUGAGGCAGUGAGUUCCUCCAGGAUCAUGCUCACCUGGUCUGCUCUUCCUGAGGCACAAAGGAACGGAGUCAUUAUUGGGUAUAAGGUGUUGUACUGUGAGAAAGACUCAGACACUCCCCCUAAUGUUCAGGUGGUACAAGGAGACAGAAAUCUAACACUGCUUCUGGGUACCCUCCAAAAAUAUAAAAUGUAUGCACUGCAAGUGCUGGCGUUCACACAGGUUGGCGACGGCCCUCCCAGUAGCCCUGUCCUCCUCAGAACCAAAGAAGACGUCCCAGGUCCCCCAGUCCGUAUGAUGUUUCCAGAGGUUCGACUGACAUCGGUUCGGGUGGUCUGGCAGCCUCCUGCGUUUCCCAACGGCAUCAUUUUAGGCUACCAAAUAUCAUACUGCCUUUACAGCAGGGACCCUCUGCGGUGGACUACUGUGGAAGUGGGCUCCAAUGCUCGCCAGUUCACUGUCACAGGUCUCUCCUCUGAACACACCUACGUGUUUUGCCUCACAGCUCGCACUGCCGUGGGCUGGGGCGAGCAGCAGGAGGCUCUGGUAGUUACCACUGAACGCAGAGAGCGCCCCCAACCACCCAGGAAGCUUUCUGUUCCUCAGGAUGAGGUGGAGGCUCGCCGACUCCAUGUCUACUGGGUAACUGGUGGCUCGGGCUCCUCUCCUCUGAGGUACUUCACUUUGCAGCUGAAGGAGUUGCCAAACGGGCCCUGGAAGACCCACACAGCUGACGUCCCACACAAUGUGACUUCCUGGACAGUCAACAGGCUGAAGCCCUUCACAUCAUACAAGAUUCGAAUGCUUGCCACCAAUGACGUAGGAGAUAGUGUCCUCAGCAAGGAGACAGAGGCUGUUACUACUCUACAGGACGUUCCUAAUGAGCCGCCAGUGAUCCUCUCAGUGAAACCAACAACUACUACCUCAGUAAUGGUGCAGUGGAAGCGCCCCAGUGAAGACAGUAUUAAUGGAGUCCUGACUGGAUACAGGCUGUAUUACAGGGAGCUACCUGCAAAUGAAUCCACUGUCAGUGAUGACCGAGUCCAGACAACCAAAAACCAUAACACAAGUGCCCUCAUUACAGCCAAGAGCACCUUCAAGACAGUCAGCAGUGCCUCACUCACAGAGUUUGAGUUGACACAACUAAAGAAGUUCAGACAUUAUCAUAUUGUGAUGACGAGCUACAACAUCAUCGGUGAGAGCCAUCCAUCCGCUCCGGUUGAGGUGUCUGUUGGAGAGGCAGCUCCUUCGGUGGCGCCUCAGUUGAUCAAGGUGUCAGCCGUGUCUCCCUCCACCCUGGAAGUGACCUGGGACAUGCCGCCCCUGGAGACCCAGAAUGGACUCAUCCAAGGCUACAAGAUUCAUUACUGGGAAAGAGACAACCAGAACCAGACUGAGAAGAUGAAGGUGAUUUUUGUCCCAGAUACCCGGGUUCACCUCACAAACCUGACCAGCUACACACCAUAUAUGGUCACACUGACUGCCUUUAACACUGCUGGGGAUGGACCUCCCAGUGACCCCCGUGGGACCCGGACUCUGCAGUCUGCGCCCAGCCAGCCGAGCUACCUGACCUUCUCUGAAGUGAUGGGGGGCAGCGUCAACGUGUCCUGGGGAGCUCCACUCACUCCCAAUGGACAAGUGGAAGGCUACCGGGUCAUCUAUCAGCCCACUGCUCCUGUACAAGGAGUGAGUAAAGUGGUGACAGUUGAUGUGAAAGGGAGCUGGCAGCGAUGGCUAAAAGUUCGAGACCUGAUCAAAGGAGCAACAUAUAUGUUUGGGGUUCAAGCUCUCACAGUCAGCUACGGAUCAGCAGUGGAAGCAAACAUCACAGCUCAACCUGUGAAAGGGUCCCCUGGGCCGCCGGUGGAAAUGUCCGUCACCAAGACAUCCUCUGCCCUCACUAUCCACUGGUCAGAGGGAGACAUGGGUGCAACUCCUGUUACUGGUUACGUUGUGGAGGCGCGUCCCUCAGACGAGGGAGUCUGGGAUUCCUUCAUCCGACUCCUCCCUCCAGCCAGCAGGUCCAUCUCCGUGCCACUGGAGCGUCUGAGGUCAGGGGUCAGCUAUGAGUUCAGAGUCAUUGCUGUGAAUCGCUAUGGUUACGGACAGCCAAGCGCACCCUCCGUGGCUCUUGCUGCGCUGUCGGAGCGUCCUUUUUAUGAAGAGUGGUGGUUCCUGCUGGUGAUGGCUCUGGUGGGCCUCAUCCUCAUCCUGGUCCUGGUCUUUACUCUGCUCUUGCAUGGACACAGCACCAAGUACAAGGCCUGUGGUACAGGAAAGCACAUUACUCCAGGGGAGGAGUCUGUAACCCUCGACAACGGUGGUUUUACUUCUCUGGAGCUAAACAGCAGAACACUCAACACCAAGAACUCCUUCCUCAAAAAGAAUGGGACCAGAUCUCCACCCAGGCCCAGUCCAGGUGGACUCCACUAUUCUGAUGAAGACAUCUGUAACAACUAUAACGGAGCCGUGCUCACUGAAAGCACCACACUCACAGAGAAACCCACUGAGGUCUCUGAAUCAGAGUUAACGGACAGCGACUACGAGGAUGAACAGCCUAAGCACUCCUUUGUCAACCACUACAUGAGCGACCCCACCUACUACAACUCCUGGAAGCGGCAGCCCAAGGGCCUCAAAGGGACAGGGAGUCCUUUUGCCUACGAGGAGUGUGCCACCGCUGACACGGAGCCCUACUAUCAGACGGUGGUGACGCAGCACAGCACAGGGGGAGCUUACACACCCACAGGGCAGCCCGCGCACACACACAUCAACCCCAGUGCCAACCCGCCGGGGUCACGCACUCCUGUGACCGGGUUUUCUUCCUUCGUUUGACUCUAGAGACAGCAUUUGCACAAAGAUGCACAAACACACACACACACACGCACUCAUAUGGAAGAAAGGGGUGCUGCCAUGUGUUUGGGCUGAAGGAACUGGGAACAAAGGAGCCGUCACGCCCCAAAGAACUAAUCUCACACUCCUUACUCGCCUUCGUCUCUGCUCAUGAAGACCCUGUGUUCAGUGUGUGCUCUUUUUCUGAGUGUGCUUAAACGCACCAUUACCGUCCUCAUUUUCCACAAAUUCUCACCAGCUUAUUUAACCAGGUACUCCUGUCUACUCCAGAGACUCUCCACAGAGAGCUGUAACGACUGUAUUUAUGUGUUGAGCCCAUUAAUGUCUUGCUAAGACCCCCCCUGGAGCUGGAGGAAGCUGGAACUUCUGCACAAAACUUCUCGUCUGUUUUCUGUACCUACACUUAAGUGCAUAAGUCCCCACUUAACGCACUUUCUGAUGCGCUAUUUCAGCAUCUCCAGCUGAGAGACGGGAACUUAAAGGCUGUGGGGGAAAAAAACUGCACACGAAGUUUUUUCACAGACUGGUUCAUGCACACAAACGCAGCGCUGCCAGCUUUCAGAUACCACAGCAGACAAGAGAAGAAAGGAGAAAAAUGUUUGAUAAUCACAGCUUUUUGAAUCUGAAAUGGACAGAGAGUGAGCAUGAGCAGAUGUUUUUCAGCACUUACCUGAAAUGUCAGAGUGUUGAGCAGUUUGGGAGAGCGAUGUUUGAAUUGGAAUACAGUACUUUAAAAUAUGUUCACAUUUUAUCACGUUGCAACCUCAAAAUUCAGCUUGUAUUUUAUAUGAUAGACUAUUACAAAGUGGUGCAUACUUGGAAAGUUGGAAAAAAAAUGAUAAUUUGCAAACUUCCCAAAGAAAAACAAAGUGUGCUACACGUUUGUAUUCAGUCUCCUUGCAUCAGAACUUUUGUUGCAGCCACAGCUGCACAACUUGCAAAUCUACAGAUUAAAUGUUUGCCAAUUUUUAUUUGCAAAACAGCUGCUGCUCAGACAGGAUGGAGAGCAGAUGUGAACAUCCUUUUCAAGUCUUGGAUUAAAUUUACAUGUGGACUUUGACUGAGCCAUUCAUGAUCAGACAUGAUCAUUUGUUGUAGCUCUGGAUGUUUGCUUAGGGAGGUGUGGUUGGAAGUCUAACCCUUUCUUUGCUAUCCUGUUUCUGCUGGAGAAGCACCCCAAAAGAAUAAUGCUGCCACCAUCCUGUGGGUGCAUUCAGGUUGAUGUGCAGUUUUAGUUGUCUUAUAAGCCCAACUCCAAUGAUGUUUCAACCUAUAUUCAGUUGAAUUCACUACAAAGACACAAUAAUGUUCAAACAGGUAAACUUCCCCCCAAAUAUUUACUUAUUUGGAUUUGAUGUCUGCAACAUGUCCCAAUGAAGUUGAGACAUUGUUUUACACAAUAACAUCCCAACAUCACUGGAAUUGGGUUUAUAUAAACAUUAUAUUUACAAUUUACUUUACAUGUAAAUUGUGGGAUCCUCUGACUAGAGUAACAUCAUCCACAGGUUUGCUUUGGCCUCUAUGCCAGUUCUAUUUUUAGUUGGUGGACUGAACAGAGCUCUGAGUUUUUCAGAAAUUGGGAUCAUUAUGUAACCCAAACCUGCUUUAAACUCCUCCACAGCUUCUCCAUGACCUGUCAACUGGGUUCUUUGGUGUUCAUACAUUUAUACUGACAAGAAAAUAUUCCCAGGUGGACUACAUUUACUAAGCAUUUGACACUGGAUUGUAUUUAUGGGUAUCAGAGUGAAGAGGGUUAAUAAAAAAAAACAGCACACCAUAAUUCAAUUAUUUUUGUUAACAUUUUUUACAUCAUUUACCUUUUUUUGUACUACUCUAUGUUCGUCCAACCCCUAACCUCCUACCUCUGGAGUUUGUGGUUUUAAAUGGUAAAAUGUUAAAAAAGUUAAAGACAUUAAUACUUUUACAAGGUAUAUGAAAAAUUAGUUUGUUUUAUUUUUUUUUUUGUUUUUCUUUUUAACUAUGUACUUCCUGUCCUCCUUUUACUGCAGCUUCCUAAGUAAUGCUUGCACUGUGCUGAAGCCCCAAACAUUUCAUCUUCAUUUUGCCCAGAUGUUAUUUUGUUUGUCCAGGUCUUGAGUGCGACACACGUGCCUACAAGCUAACGUGUGAAACAGCUCUGUGCUCACUAAGCCUGCGCUAAUAUCUGUGAAGUUCACUGCACAGCAAAGUGUGCCAUAGUGUGUGUGUGUUUGUGUUUUAAGAUGGAUUUUGUACAUUUAAGCCCUUUUUACUUCUGUGUUUUAUGUAGUUCUGAUGUUUAUUUAGUUUGAUUCAAGCAGCAAAAGAACACAGCAGGAAGUGUAUUGGCUGAAGGAGGGAAAACAGGUCUGAUUUCAUAUUUUUUAAAAAUCCAGAAGAAUGGACAGAGAAGGGAGCAAGUUUACAGAUUCUUCAAAGAAGCAUUGUUCAGAUUUGAAUGGUAGAGCUCCCACAGGCUGAACCUUGGUUUAACUUUCAGGUGACUGAUGCUCUCUGAUCUGUUUCUCAACAUGUAAACAAAAUUCAUCUGUAAGUUUUUGUGUCUGAUUGAUUUAAAGGUUCUCUGGCCAAGCAGCAGUGUUUCUCACUCUGACAUGCUUAUUUUCAGCCUCAUACAGUGUGAAUAAAUGGUCAUUGUAUAACA